CUAUUGUGAGUCCGCAGUCGUCCGCGCGUUCAGUGCAGGCCCAAGCAUUUAAAAACCAAUUUAAUGGGAAAUUCAUUGCUGGCAAUAUUGUUGGUGAGCGCAUUAUGCGUGGUGCAGCCAACACGCGCGGAGCGACUGUGCCUGACCGGGAGCUUCGACCAUCAGGUGAAGACGCUGCUUGACUACGUCAAACUAUCAGAUGAGCAGCUUAGCAACAUUUUGCAGGUACCCAGGGACUUGGAGCGCGUGUUUGAAGACCACUGGCCCGGCUGUAAAGUAAUGCCAUAUGGGUCGACCAUAACUGGACUCGCUCUACAGUCGAGCGAUAUCGACUGUUACGUGGACAUACCAGGCGAGCACAACGAGAAUCCACAGGUUCUAGUAGCCGAGGCGCUGGAGAUUUUAAAGAACCACCCAGAUCUAUUCACGCAUUUCGAAAUAAGGCCGACGGCUCGCGUUCCGCUGCUAAAAUGCGUACACAUUCCCACCAAUGUUUUUGUCGACAUUACUUUUUCUGGUCCUUUCUCCAUCAACAGCAGCCGUGUAUUGUCUCACCUUCUGCAUUUAGACGAAAGAGGCUUAGAGUUAGCUAGGAUCCUCAAGUAUUGGGGCUCGGUGCACGACAUAGCUAACGGAAAACUAACGCUGCCGAGCUAUGCGAUGGCGCUGUUGGCUGUGUUUUAUCUACAACAAAAGAAUAUCGUACCGCCCGUUACCUUGCUACAACAGAAUGCGACUCCCUACGAAAUUGACCACUGGAACACUGCUUUCCUGCCCCUAGAAUAUCACACGGAUAACAAGGAGUCCCUCUACGAGCUGUUGGGAGGAUUCUUUCAAUAUUACAACGACUUCGAUUUUGAAAAUACCAUCAUAUCACCGUACCUUGGUUAUCCCAUAAAAAAAGAUUUUCAAGACUUAGAUAAAUUUGACGACUUUGAUUUAUACAAACGUAAUUUAGAAAAUGGCUACGCGGCGCCGUUUUAUUUCGGAUAUAUGAAUAUACAGGACACUCUGAAACACAGUGAGAAUAUUGCGAGACCUAACAGCGACCGCUGGCUCGCCCUCAGGCUGAUACGGCAUUUGAGAGCUGCGGCGAGUAUGUACCAAGAACUCAGCAGUGAAGAAUUCCUCAGUGCUGUGUUAGUGCCCGAGAAAAGGCUCGAAGCCGGCAAAUUGACCACGUUUUGGGAGGGAGGUAUUGGUGGUCCGGAAGACUGCCCGAAGAUAUUUCAGGAGAAAAUAAGAUGACACCAAAUUAUCAUGACAAAAAGAUCCAGUUACAUUUAAGAGAGUAAAAGUAU